CUCUUGUUGAUCCUCCAAAAACCAACCUAUCGGCCUCCUCCUCACUUGAUGGAAAGGGACAACAUUGCUCUAAAUCACUCAUUCAAGUCACGAAUAUCCUUUCUCGAUCAAAAUGUAAAAUAAAAACUGGUCCGUAGAUCAGAAGUGCAAUAUUGCACUGCUCUCGUCACGCGAGAGAAAACCUGGUUCUCGACAAGCAAAAGAAAAACUAGACUUGCUGCCUCACAGGGGAGUCACAGCCCCAGGACGACAGCAACACUGCAUCGAGCAACAACCUUCUCACAGCAAAAGCUAUGCCCCCACUGGAUUGAAAGCUAGAUCCGCCUCUGCUACCUGCUGGAGUGAGUGUGGCUCCCAAUCUACGGUUAUGGUUUGAGUUUCAGUUUAACAUGAGCAGAAGCAAAAGUGGUGUCCCAAUCUCUAAGCUCUAGCACAAUUCUUCAUUCUGAUUUCCGUUGAUGCUCUAUUUUGGAUUAAACAAUCUUUCAUACUUGAAAUGUUAUGGAGUUCUAGACACCUAUUCAAACUAUCACGCAUAUCAACAAAAUGUGGGUUUCUCCCAUCAACUAACGAUCUUCUGAUCAACACUCAUCAAAUUUCUUUCUCUACUAUUCCUGGGAGCUACAAAGGUAUCCUCACCCCGCAAGUCGUACAAUCAACUAUAUUGAAUUGCCAUUCUGAUCUAAUUGCUCUUUCCUUCUUUAUUUGGUGUGCUAAGCAACCUAAUUACUUCCAUGACAAGGCAACUUGUGUUUACAUGGUUAAUGUAGUCUCUCGCCUCACUCAGAGGUUUGUAACCAUAAAAGGUGUUUUAGAUGAAUUGGAGAAUGCUGGUACUCUGAUAAAGCCACAAGUUUUAUUACUUUUAUUGAGAAUAUACUGGCUUGGAAGAAUGCACAAUAUGGUCAUUGAGGCUUUUGGAGAGAUUCUCAAGUAUGGUUACACGCCAAACACAUUUUCUAGGAACAUAUUGAUGGAUGUAUUGUUCAAGAUUGGUUGCGCAAGUGUUGCACUUCAAGUUUUGAAGGAGACAAAGUCACCCAAUUUCCUAACCUUCAGCAUUUCCAUCGGCAAUCUGUGUAAACUCAAAGAUAUGGUUAAUCUCCAAUCUGUACUUAGGACCAUGCUGAGGAAUGGAUAUUAUCUUAACCCCGAGACAUUUUCGUCUGUUUUGAGCUGUUAUUGCAAAUCAGGCCAGUUAUCAAAGGCUACCCAAUUAUUAGGUUUUAUGAUUGCCUUGGGUGUUCCUACAUGCGUCAUUGUUUGGAGUAUAGUGAUAAAUGGAUAUUCUAAAUCUGGCAAACUCGAUUUUGCCAGUCAUUUGCUAAAUAAGAUGGUGUCUAGUGGAUGCAUGCCAAACAUGGUCACAUGCACAUCUUUGGUAAAGGGAUAUUUGGAAUUUCACAUGCCUAGCAAAGCUUUUGAGAUUCUAGACACCAUGAAAUCCAUCGGGUGUUGUCCUGAUUUGAUUAUGUGCAAUGUGCUUAUACAUGGCCUCUCAAAAAUAGGGAAUUAUGAUGAAGCUAUUGAUGUUUUCUGUAGUUUAGGGGAAAGAGGAUUGACCCCUGAUUCUUACACACUCUCCUCUAUCGUGUCAACAGUUUGUUUAUGCAAGGAAUUCACCCUCUUGCCUGUACUCAUCAAUGGAUUGGAUAUACAUGCCGAUUUAGUUGUUUGUAACUCCUUUCUAAGCUUUUUUUGCAAAGCCGGUUAUCCUAAAGGUGCUGUUGAGUUUUAUAAUGACAUGAUAUAUAGAGGUUUCCAACCAGACAAUUACACAUUUGCAGGAUUAUUGAGUGGGUUAUGCAGGUUAGGCAAGACAUCUCAGGCUGUUGAUGUGUAUCAGGGUAUUGUCAAGAAUCAAGAUGGGCUAGAUGCUCAUAUUCACACUGUGAUCAUUAAUGAACUUAUAAAAUCUGGUGAAUUUCACCAAGCCAUCAGAUUAUUCAGAAAAGCCGCAGAAGAGAAACUCCAUAUGGAUGUUGUUACAUAUACUGUUGCUAUCGAUGGCCUGGUCAAAGGUGGUCUUGUUGAAGAUGCAUAUGAUGUGUUUAGCAUGAUGAAAGAAAUUGGAUUGGCCCCAAAUAUAUACACUUACAGUUUUAUGUUAUCUGGAUUGUGUGAGAAUGUAGAUGUCAUUACUAUAAAAAGGAUACUUGUUGAGAUGGUUGAUGGAGGCAUUGAGCUUAACCAUAUUACUUUCAGGCUAAUGAAGAACAUUCUGCGCAAAAGACGACAUUCAAGUUUAGUACUUAAUCUAUUCAUGGAGUUGUGUGAUAAAGCUGUUCAUGAUUUAAAUGUCAAGGAUGUCUUCUCAGAUAAUAACCACCAUUUACUUGUUCUUGACACGGACACAUCCAGCUCUGAAGACAUUCUUGAUGUAGCUGCUUCAGUAGGAUGAGCACGGAGUCCCACAAACAGAAAUCGUAAUGAGUAUGUAGUCUUUUGGGGGUUAGAAAUCAGCAGACAGCCCCAUCUCCAGCAUGAAGCUCCAAUUGCUUCCCCAUUUUCUUAUUUUAAAUCCUGAUUGAAAUGGGAAGCACUUUAGUUCAGAACAUAUAAUCCAUCCUUUCCAAAAGAAGACUCUUAUUGGCAUGUUGCAUCAAUGUAGAACUAUUUAAUUGUGGUAAGGGUGUGUCUCAAGCAAUUCAGAGCUGGGGAUAUGGCGGUUCGGAACAUUCUGGACCAGAUAAGACUAAACUCCACUAGCAUCCAAAACCAUAUUGACUUGCGCUGCCAAGUAGGUAUCCAUGUAAGGGUGAGAAAUGGACAAGAAAUAAGUAUUUCUAAGAACACAACAAGAGCGGCCGCCCAUGGAGGCAUAAAGGGACCUUAGCAGUCGACUAUCCACGUACCUGGUUACUCUUGACCAGAUGGUGGAGCACAGUUGAAACAAAUCAUAGCUGAAGGAGAAUCGAGCAACAAGUAGUUGGAGUCUCAGUUGGAGUAACUAGUCAUUAGUGGGGUGAGAAUGGUUGUGUUUUAUUAAUCGAUACGAUAGUAUAUUUUUUUAGAAGCCAUUGAAUUAUGAAAAUAUGUAUUACGUAUAUACUUUUAAGUGUUUAGCUAGUUUUCCAUAUGAGAAUGUUAAAAAAUCAUGCCAUCCGUCUCUUCAUGGCUUCACUUAUGGCAUGAAAUCCAUAUCCUCUACUGAAGCCAGAGAAUGCAGGAAAGAAGUAAUGAAUCGAGUAAUCUUUGUGGCAUCUUUAUAUAACUGAAGGCGCCAAGUAUAAGAGAGAAUGCUAUUCCCGCCUAAACACGAAAAUAUCCUAUGAUCCUAUCACCUGGGCCAAAUAUCUGGCUAUGCGGAUAGCCCAUACAACUAAUCCAGGUUUGCAGUUGUCCCACUGUGCAAGGUGUGAAAUUCGUUGGUGAUGGUUACGCUCAUUGUGAAGCAACUGGAGCACUGUGAUGUCUAUUUAAUAAUGGGGGAUGUUGGAAGCAAAUUAGGGAUGGUGUAACAUAUUCUGCUUAAAACGAUGAACACACAAAGGGUUGCCACUGCCCUCCAGGUUUUAAAGGUGAUGGGGUUAGUACAUGUGAAGGUAGAGUUUAUUACUGUUUGGGACUUCUGUCAUAAAUGCCAUAAGUGAUGUGAUAAGUGAAUUACACCCAACUGGACUACGAUAAAGCCUUUUGGGAGGCGAAAAAGUCCGUGUAGGCUCAGUCUAAAGUGGACAAAAAUCCGUUUGUGGUGCUAACAAUAGAAACUUUACAAUGUUCCUCACGGCUCACACCUUAGCCUGAUCCAUAGAUUUCAAAGGUAUUAAUGAAUCCAAGGAGAAAACAGUGUGUCAAUGCCUUGAAUGUAAAUGCCCUAACACAUGGGGCGGUUAUGAAUGCAAUUGUCGUGGAAAUCUGCUAUACAUGAUUGAGCACGACACAUUUAUACAUACAUUACAAUGUUGUUUGGUGUAAAUGGUGUUUUCAGUUGAUAUGUCCUGCAUUUCAAGCAAUAAAAGUUCUUUAAAACGGGCUCUAAGUCUUUUGAGUAACACUUUUCUACAUUGAUAACAAGAAUACGCCACUGUUGGCUACCGAACUGGUGUUUUAGAAUGUACUGUCUCUCUGCAGAGGAACAUUGAUUCGGAGAUUCGUGCCAUCGUUGCACAGUACAUGCCCUUGGACAAUCAAGGAGAGGUCCCCAACCAUAGUCUCUCAUGGAAAGUUCUGAUUAUCAAGCUCCUCCCUGUCGCAGCUGAAUGAUGGGUGUUACUUGGUGGUGUAAAGAGACAUCUCCUAUGUUGCUGAUCCAGAACUAAAACCCUGUCUCCUUUUAAGCUUAAGGCUUAUCCUCCUUUUUGCAUCUGAUAUGCCACUGGGUUCUUAGACAAAAUGUUCCAUUUAAUGGACAACAGAUGUUCUAUGCAUGUGUAUAUAUGUAAUCCGUAGGACAUCCACUAAGCUCCAGUAAUUUAGGGAGAUAGGAAAUUCACAUGUAAUGCUGUCUGUGUCUUCUCUUCAGAUAAAAUACAGGGAUAUCCCAGAAGAAACUCUAAAAAUAAGAUUAAAUGAACAUAAUUUGCCAUGUAAG